AAUGGACAGCUAUUGCUAUAAAUCAUUUGGAAGCGCUGAGCCUGAAGCCAAGUCCUGGAUUGAUGCCGAGGCAGACUGUACAGAUCAGAGUGGGCAUUUAGCUGCUGUGUACGGCCAGAACGUUCUGUCCUUACUAGAAGCGUUAAUGUUUCAGUUGAGAAGAAAUAAUGCCUGGAUUGGUCUGAACAAAGCGUCGACACCAGACUACACUUGGUCUGACGGCCAUUCAUAUGAAUUCUCACAUUGGAAGCCUGGAUCACCUGAUAAUAAUGAAAACAACAAGUGUGUGAUGAUGAUUAACAAUGAGGUGUCACCAGGACAGUGGAUAAAUGUUCCAUGUGGUAGUGAUGCGGGAGCUUCAAGACCACCAAAAGAGGGCUACUUCUGCCAGAAACCCACAGAUCCACAGCUUCCGUCUCUUCCAUCAGGGGACAAAUGCAAUCAAGAAGGUUACUUCAGGUAUCGCAAUACAUGCUACAGGGUUUUCGGUUCCAUCACGCAGCAAAAGAGCUUUGUCGAUGCGCAGAAACGAUGCACCCAGGACCAAGGAACACUUGUGGCCAUCCGUGACGGAUUCUCGGAUGCAUUCAUGGAGACGCUCCUUUAUUAUUAUAAAAUCUCAGAUGCGUGGAUUGGACUCAAGAGAGAUAACCUCGGUACUUUCACUAAGUGGCUCACUGGUGAAGAUGUCAACUACAAGAACUGGGCUGUGGAUCGACCCACCGAAAUCGCAGGAGCGGAUUGUGUGCGUAUAAGUAACGGCCAGCGAUGGGAUAAUCUUGCGUGUGAGGCUAAACAUAACUUCAUCUGCCAGACGGGUGGAAGUGAGGCUGGUGGCUGUGCCAUGGGAUGGUUCAAUAUGAAGAAUAUGUGCUACAGAGGGUUUGGCUUCUCUCCACCCACUGCCAAAACAUGGAACGAAGCCGAGAAGGAUUGUAUCUCAAAUGGAGGAAACCUAGCCUCAGUAACCACUCAGUACGUUCUAUCCUUACUAGAAGCAUUGAUGAUUGACUCUAGACGUAUGAAUGCCUGGAUUGGCCUGAACAAAAAGACAUCAAACAGUUAUGAGUGGACUGAUGGAGCUACCUUUGAGUUUGCCCAUUGGAAACCUGGAUCACCUAAUACGAACACUGCAAGUAAAUGCGUCAUGAUAUUGAAUAGCGAGGUGGCACCUGGUUUGUGGAGCAACUUCCCAUGUGGUGAUGGUCAACGUGAUCCAAGACAGGGAUAUUUCUGUCAGAAACGAGCAGACCCGAAUCUCCCUCAGGAACCAUCCGGCAAAUCAUGCUUUAGGGACGGCUAUUUCAGCUAUAACGAUAAUUGCUACAAGGUGUUUGACAAGCAGUCCCAGCAGAUGAACUUUACUAGCGCCCAGAGUCAGUGCCAAGCCGACGACGCAACUCUUGCUGUCAUUACUGAGGGAUUCAGCGAGGCUUUUGCAGAGACACUCUUGUACUACUACGGCAUACAGGAUGCAUGGAUUGGACUCCAAAAAACUGACAAUCAGCAAGCUUUCUCUUGGGUAAACGGUGAGCCUCUCAAUUAUAAGAACUGGGCUCCCAACGAACCCAGUCAAAACCCUGGUGAAGGGUGUGUACGAAUCAGCGAUGCCAAGAGCUGGGACAAUGUUGACUGUAACGCAAAGCAUAACUUCAUUUGCCAGUCGGGCAGAGACCUGGCUGGUGGUUGUGAAAAGGGCUGGUACAACAUGAUGAACAAAUGCUAUGCAGCAUUUGGAAGCACUGAACCCACAUCUAAGACAUGGAUUGGUGCCGACCAAGACUGCAAGUCAAAGGGUGGUCAAUUGGCUACAGUCGACGCCCAGUAUGUUCUAUCGUUGCUUGAAGCUAUGAUGUUUGAGAUGAGGCAUUCUAAUGCAUGGAUUGGUCUGAACAGGCGAUCAUCUGGAAACUAUCAAUGGGUCGAUGGAACACCUUAUCGAUUUGCACACUGGCAGAAAGGAUUCCCACAAGAUAUCGCUGAUAAAAAGUGUGUGAUGAUUGUGAACAAUGAGAUAACACCAGGCUACUGGGUGAAUGUGGCUUGUGGAGAGAAUCCUCGUGAACCAAGAGGGGGAUACUUCUGCCAGAAACCCGCUGAUCCUUCACUUGACCACAACCCGACCCCUGACCUUUGCGAGAAGCCAGGUUACUUCAGGUACAGGGGGCUUUGCUACAAGGCGUUCCCCAGUACGAGCAUGUUGAUGUCGUUUAAUGAUGCCCAGUCACAGUGUGCCAAGGAUGGUGCUAACCUGGCCACAGUCCACGAUGGCUUCAUACAAGCUUACAUGGAGACACUUAUGUUUUACUUUGGUCUCCAGGAUGUUUGGAUUGGAUACCAGCUGAAAAAGGGUGCAAGUAACUUCACUUGGAUCGAUGGUGGAGAAAACUACUAUCAGAACUGGGGUAGGAAUGAACCGAGCUCCAACAAGGGGGAUGGGUGUGUCCGUAUCAGUGAGGCUCAUACAUGGGACAGCACAGACUGUAACACAAAGCAUAACUUCAUCUGUGUCAUUGGUGGGAAACCAACGCCUGGAAAACAAACUGGUUUAGGUGGUGGUGCCAUAGCUGCAAUAAUCUUAUCCAUUCUGGUAGCGACAGUCUUCAUCAUGGGGGUUGCAUACUUCCUCGUCAAGAAUAGACAAAGCAAAGCACCUACAGAUGCAGAACCUAAACUAGGUUUUGAUAAUGUGCUGUACACACCCUCGGCUGAUGAUGCUCAAGUGGAAUCCAAGGGUGCCAGUGAUGCAUAGUACAACAACAAUCCUCCAUCUUGGUCAGGUUCCUCGUAUCGAAUAACAAUAAUGAAUGCCAAUAAUCAUUUUGCUAACAGGAACCAGACUAUUUUGUUCUUCCAGACUCGAUUUGGUAACAUUGAUAUCAAUGGGAAAAAUUCAAGAUGGCUGUAACAUGAUAAAACUUAUUGAUCAUCAAUCCAAUGCAAUCGCUGCCAUGGCUGCGCCGAUAUUGCUGGGUAGCCGUCAGUGCAAUGUUUUGUACAUGAAGACAUGGAAAAAUCGUCAUCUUUUCAAAUUUUUGUGCGAAUAAUGUGUCUUUCUCACUGAUGUACACAAAUUCUGAGAGGACAGCAUGAAAUAUCGAUGUGUAGAAGACUGACCAUGAAUAUUUACUCUACAGAAACUAUACAGAAAUUGAACCCCAAGUAUGACGCAGACAAUAGGUGAGUUUAAGCGUGAAAGAUGCACUGCUUUGUCUAUUUUAAAAUGUGUUAAAUCUGCAAAUGUUUUUGACAGAAUGUCGGUUUUCACUUUCUGUUUAGUUUCAAAUAAUUAAAAAUUAAAAAUGUUCAUGCUGAUUAGUCUGGGAAAGUGUGUGAGUCAUUGAGAAAGACACUUAAUUCAUAUAAAAGUUAAACAGAAAAUGGGUUUUUUAUGUGUACAAAACCUUGGGCUGCCAGCACCCAAGCAAUGGCGGCGCAGUGGCAGCAAGCAGCACUGGAUUGGUCUAUAUAUCUAGGAAACCCCUUUAAUCAUAUCCAAAGGAACUUAUCAACAAAUGGAAGUUAAACAUUAGUUCAUUUUCCUUCGAGGGAUACCAAUCAGACAUGGUUGUGUUCAAAGUAUCGUCAUGUGCCCGGAAAGAUGUUAUGAAAAACAAUUCAAGUUUUACUGGACAAAUUUGUUUUGGAAACCAGGCUAAUGCAAUGUGUAUAACAUAACAUUUUGGGCUGAGAGUACGUUUCUGCUUAAAAUAAUAACAAUAACUAUUCAAUAACAAUGAUGUUUCAUAUUCCCUUGCUUGAAAAUUGAUUGCAUUAAAUGCGUUGAUUUGGGUUUUUAAUACAUUCACUAUGGUUAGUACUAGAUGAACCAGCAUUAUGUCCUUGCUUUUAUAUGUAAGGUUCUUAACAUCAUAAAUUAUUAAUAUUCUAAGAAUGUUUUGUUCUGAUGAUUUAUUUUUUAUAGAUGAAUAACAUUGAACAUGAUUUGUUUUGCAUAUAAGUAUGCAUCUUUGUGGUGCAACCUAUAUUAUCGCAUUUCUAUUAUUGAACACUCAAUGGUCAAAUGUGUACAGUUGCUGGAAAUCUCAUGUUUAUAUAACAUUUUUGUUUCUUAUUUUGGGGCAAAGAGAACUUACUUUGAUGUCUCCAAAUAGUGACAUGUAGGCUGAAGAAAAAGUAGAUUUAGUUGUAGCUUCAUUUUAACACAAAUUUUGCGCCGAACAUAGGUUUCAGUGACUCCCAUAUUCUAAAGAGUAAUGUAGUUUUAGUCUCGAGUAUGCCUUUAUUUUAUACCUAAAUUUCAUAAUAAGGUAUGUGAGGAGGUGUGGCCUGAUGUUUUGUUUGGCUAUAGGGACACUGAAGAUUUGUCUUUUGAAAAAAAAAUGAUGAAAACCAAAGCAAUGGCAGCCAUUUUGAAAAAAAUUGAAAAUUGCUUGUUAUUCUACAUUUAGUUUUUCCGUGCUUGUAUCAUCAUUCAAAGGCACAACUCCACCUCAAUAGUUUCCACCCAUUUGCCCAACUGUCUUGAAAAGACCCUUAAAAUUAAUUCCUCCAUUUUUGAGUGUCUAUUAUCUAGCUUUUACUUAGUGAAAUGUUUUAGGGUCAAAUCACCACACCGCUUGAAACACUACACUGAGAUUUAGGGUCUGGUUUUCAUUUUAGACAAGAAUUCAUUUAUUAGCAAAUUGUCCAGUAGUAUUUCAUGGUUUGGCCACUAGCAUGUUGACAAAAAGAGGCUAAACACAUCUGCUUUUAUUAAGAUAUAGAUCAUGUUUGUUAAUCUGGUUCAAAUUGCAGCUGAUAUCAAAAAUAAUUAACCGACAGAAAGACGAAAAAAAGUCUCUCUUCAUUAGUAAUCAUUCCAUUACAAAUAUUAAACAAUGCAAUAAAAAACGAAUAUAAGCGUUAAUAAACACAGAUUAAA